CCUAACCUAUAUAUUAUCUUUUCAUCGUUACAUACAUUUUUUCCUUUCCCGUUUUCGCUUGAUUGCAAAAUGAGUUCUCACGGAAAAGCAGAAACUGACAGACUCAGGAAGAAUUUGGAAGAACAAUUGGAUCGGCUCGUGCAGCAGUUAGAAGAUUUGGAAGAUUGCAGAAUUAACGAAACUCUAGACGAGACAGAUUAUCAGGAAUGUAAGGAAGAUACUAUGGAACAACUCCGUGAGUUUAAUGAGAGCUUACAAAGAAUGAUAUCCGGAAAUAUGACUUUAGUUGAUGAACUUGGAGCAAUGCAAUUGGCAACUCAAGCAGCCAUCAGUGCCGCCUUUCAAACACCAGCCGUGAUAAGAAUGUUUGGUAAGCGGGAACCUACUGGACUCAAGGAACGUCUCUCGCAAAUCGAUCGAGAUGUAAAAUUAGGAAAACUGAACAAAGAAGCCGCCGAUCGCCAACGAGGAGAAAUAUUAAGUGCUUUGAGGCAACUUGGAGAAAAAUUAGAACCGUCUGAGUUACAGUUGUUGGAACGAUUAUCUUUAAAUAAUAUAGAUACCACCAGGUAUGUGCAAAUUACCGAAACAUCAAGAAAGGGUAAAAUGGCUUUAGAUGUAGUCGGCAAGGAAGUUAAAGCUACACAAGAUAUUUGAAUUAAUCAUUGGUAAUCGUUAUAAUAAUGUCAUUUUUAAUUAUUUUUUAUCACUAUUUUUUAAGUUUUGUUAAAGAGCUUUUUUACCGAACAACUUGUAUUCAUACAAUGUGUCUUAGAUGUUAGAUUUUUAUUCUUUUUUUUUAUUAUUCAAUAAUUUAAAACAAAGUUUUGAUGCUAUUAACAAACGCUUGUAAAUUGAAAUGUAUGUGGUAAACUGUACAAUUAAAUUAUUUAUAGAUUUUGCUAUAAUGUAGUAAGAAUAUUAAUUGUUAUUUGAUGUAAAGAAAUGAUUCUGUAUGAAGAUUUUAAAUAUAAAUAAGUAAUCAAAGAUAAAUAAUAUAAGAAACUAUAUACAUAACUUUUAAUAUAUAAAUAAUAUAUGAAUUAUUUUCUAUUGUUUAAGUAUUUACUGUGAUCCUGCACAAAUAAUUACACAUCCAAUUAGAUUUUAUAAUACACACUAGAUAUAACAUAUAUAAAGGCAUCUUGUACAUGUUACAAGAGAUUGUUACAUAUGAAUUAUGAAAUAAAUAUAUUGUUUCUGUGUGA